GUGUGUGUGUGUGUGUGUGUGUGUGUGUGUGUGUACGUGUACGCGCGCGCGUACACGUAAACGCGCGCCCAAGGGGUAAAUAAACGAGCUCCGCACUAAGGGGUUAAGGAGGGCUCGAAUAAAACCGAGCGAAAGAGUUGGAGAGCAGCAGCCAGCUACCCGGUCCCUGGUCCACGAGCAGAGCGGUUCAAUGAAGAUCAAAGAGACAGAGCGGAGACAGCAGAGACACCCAACUGAUUAACAGCAGGGGUCCCGUCACGGCGACCGGAGACACCCGACUGAUAAACAGCAGGGGUCCCGUCACGCGACCGGAGACACCGGAGUGAUUAACCGUCGGGGUCCCGACACGGCGACCGGAGAGCCGAGCCAGAGCAGAAAGGAGCCCGACGCGACCGGAGGACCGGAUAGACCGGAGGACCGGACCGAUGGUCCGCACUGCGCUGCUCUCGGAGAAAACUCUUCAGGUGGAUUAGCCGAGGACGUUCUGUUUGAAAGCGUGCGAAAUGGAACCCUCCUGUAAGCUUCCUGCUGAGACGACGGGAACAUCGGUAGAAGAAGAGCGGAUUUAAAGCCCCGGUCAACAGGAGGCGCAUCAAGUAACCCUUCUUAAGGAACCCGUUUCACGCCACGAGAUCUCGCCGCGAUGCCCGAAGCGACCGCCAAGAGCGCCGCGAUGACGGCACCGCCGUCCCCCGAGCGCGUCCCGCCGGCGGACAAACCCAACAACAACAACGAGGAGGAGGAUCUCUGCGCCCCGGCUCCCGCCCCCGCCCACGUCAGCAUCCCAUUGGUCAACGAGCACCAGCUGACGGCGGCCACGGGUGGGGCGGAGCUGUCGUGCUACCGCUGCACCGUGCCGUUCGGCGUGGUGGUGCUGAUCGCCGGCGUGGUGGUCACGGCCGUGGCCUACAGCUUCAACUCCCACGGCUCCACCAUCUCCUACUUCGGUCUGGUGCUGCUGUCCGCCGGCCUGCUGCUGCUGGCCGCCAGCGUCGCCUGCUGGCGGGUGAGGCUGGGCCGCCGGAAGGAGCGGCGGCGGGAGAGCCAGACCACCCUGGUGGCCCCCCGCAAGAGCAUCUUCGGCGAGAGGCUGCCCCCCGGCCAGCAGAGGUGAUCGCCUGGGGGAGAGGAAACGAGACAGAACUGAGUUUGACUCAAAUUGUUUUUGAGUCACGUAUUUACAGAAGGGCGGACUGCUAAGGCCCCGGGAGGGGAGCCUUUAAGACCCCAGCCUCCAGGCCAGACUUUGAGCGGCUCAGAGGAGAGCUAGGCGGAACGAUGGGGAAGUGUUGUACGCAGAACGCAAGGCCAUUUCAUUUGUCAAACAGACACAAUACAUCUGGCCCGCAGGGCGGGGAACCCAUUCAGCCCCAGCCAGACCUCGAUGAAGAUGAAUUAUCCCUGUGUAGUGCCACGGAGAGGAAGUCAGCCAUUCCUCCAGUGAUACAUCUGUUGGCUUCACUGGGGAAAGAAGGGGGGGAGGGAAGAGAAGGAAAAAAGGAAGAAAUCCAGGAGGGUGAAUCAUCUAGCAUGUGUCCAGUUGGACGUUUCCUAAUCCUGCUGGAGCUCUGGAAGGGAAGACAUUGUUAACACAGCCUUAUGCCCUGGGAUGGUACUUAUAUUAGCAUGUAGUUAUUAACCAGUGUUAAGAGCCAUUGAAAGGUUCCUUUGUGAAGGGGGAUUGAUGAGGCCCGUAUGAACGACAUGUAAGGAGAGAAGGCGAAUGCGUCAAACAGCCUCGAAUGUGUAUAUUCAUUACCUAAGCACUUUACUCAAAAUUAUCCAAGCUACUAUCCAAACUAUUCUUUGUAAUGACAAAGCGUGCCGGCAUCUGGUGUAUUGUCUGUACCUCCUGUCGGUGUACGCAGCAUAUCAACGUGUACUGUGAUCACUCUGCACUGCAGAAUAUUGUGCAUGGCUCGCCUCUGAGCGGCGGAGGCAUGAAUUGUUAAUAGACGUUCAAAAGGUUAAAUAAAGCGUUCAUUAGACAUUCAUUCAUUUUUAAUUAUUUCAUUAGGCUGAGUCGGGUCUGUUCUAAGAGCGCAGGAAGCUGUCAUUAAGUUCCGAGGGACUGGGUUCAUUCUAGAGCCGAAUCUGAACCUCUUCUGCCUUGUAGUUCAACCAUCUCUUUUCUACAUUUCAGGUCGUAGUCAUAAUGAUAAUCAACAGAGAAAUUCGAUCAUUUGAAGUAGAGUAAAUCAUUGCACAACAUGCCGUCACACAAGGUAUCCGUCUAUUUGCAUAGUCCUGUUUCAGCAGACCGAUACCAGAUGCGGGGUCAGGGGUCAAACAAACCAAUAAAACCAACCAAAAACAUCGUCAGUGAGCAACCACAAGAUUUCUUUCCUAAAUGUGUCUUUCCCAUAAUAUGUUGUCAAUACGUCAUCAUGUUGUAAUAACACCAAGGUAGAUAACAUAAUGAAAUGAAUCACAAGUAGUUGUGGCCGAUGUAUACAUCAGCACACAUUGUUGCCCUAAGCUUUACAAAGUAUUUGUCGGAUGGUCACACAGUCAAUAAGCAGCUUCAAUGUGUUCGGUUGGAAUUCUGUGAGAAUUUAAAUGGAAUUCCGUGAUAAUUCAGUCAUAUCCAGAGAAAAGACAGUUGGCACUCUGAGAAUUUAAACGGAAUUCUGUGAUAAUUCAGUUGGAAUCCAGAGAAACGUCAGUUGGAAUUCCGUAAGAAUUCAAAUGGAAUUCCGUGAUAAUUCAGUCGGAAUCCAGAGAAAUGUCAGGGGUGUCAGUUGAAUUCUGAGAACACCCGACGUGUGAGUCCAUAGGUCGCGGCCGCUGGGAGGAAGUGGCGGGCCCUCCUGUUCGGUGAGGUUCAAAAUAGCAUGGAUGUGGAAGUGUAUAAAUAGACAGCAUUUGCGUUGCUAUGCGUCUCUGUGACACCAGACACUACAACUACACGUUAGCUUGCGUCAGAGAUGCACCUACAACACACUUUUCCUGGUCCUCUCUGUGCCAAGCCAUUGGGGGUGGAGGUGGGGGUGUGUUCAGAGCUGACCACUCAUUCUCUAAUGAGAUGAGAAGGCAAAUAUAGUUAUAGGUAGGCUAGGCAAUUUAUCAAAUCAGUCAUAUUUGUUGAAAUUCUCUUUACAUCCUAAAAGCAAUCAAUAAAUCAAAUGCUCUGACAAUAAAAAAAUAAAGGAAUGUUAUCUUUACAAAAGAAGCCCAUACCAUCAUUGUCUUCCUCCCGAAUGCAAUGAUUGGAUGUCUUACCUGUCUGUCUGCUUACCUACCCGGCUUCCUAGUCACAUGACCCUAGUCUUCCACAAGGCUAGGCGCAGUCCUUCUGCUAAAGCUAGCGAGCUAGUCAUGUGUUUUGGGGGCGUGGCUUUGGAGGGAGGUAUCUUACUCUGGCUGGUAUCACCAAAUCACCUAGCCUAUCUUUAGGUAAAAUAUACAUUCAAGUAUCGAUAGCUAUGAGAUGCACCAUUCUUUUGUUUUACUGAUACAACAGUGAUACGUAACUACUAUAUUGAUAAAUAGUAGGUUGGUAGUGUUUCCUCUUCUGCUGUUCAACGCACUGAACUCUAGCUGUAUUAGGGUGCUGGUGUCGUGUCUCCUUUGGGUUUUACAUUCAUCUAACUUCCUGAAAGUAAGAUAAAAAUGUCUGUGCAUUGAUAGUAUUAGUAGUAACAUAGUACUACAUAGUACAUGGUAGGUAGUGACCUCACCCUCUAACCGCUGUCUUUAAACAUUAACCAACUACUAACAAAAGCUGAAGAACACAUGGUGGUUUAGUGGUGGAAAACAUCAAUUGGGCGGGUUAGGUUUAAGGUGUGACCCCUAAUGUGUCAUGUUUGGGCCCCCGGGGGCCUGGGGGCUGGUCUGCUCAGGGGUCCCUACCUUCGUCCAAGCCCUCAAACCCCAUUCAUUAAUUGGAGAGGAAAUCUCCAGUAAUGGCCCCAAUAGUCAUAACAAGAGCGGUUGGCUCUUUUAAGCUGGAGCUGAUUGUUCCUGGGCCAAGACAGGAUAAACACAAUUAAAAGUAAUGAGCGUCAGGAGCUUGAACUGACCGCCAAGACGCAGUGACCAUGAAGCGGAAGGGAAAGCACCGCAGAAGACCGGAGACACGCAGCUCACAAGACAGCUUGAGGCCGAGUGGAAACAGCCUGGACCAGAGACAGCCUGGACCAUGAAACAAAUAUCAGAGUGCAGAAAUAUUGUUCCAUAGGAGAGAUACAUUUGAUCAGACAAGAGACAGAUUGAAGCAGAGCAGAGACAGAUGGAAGCAGAUACAGAUGAAAGCAGCUUGAAACAAAUUCAAGCAGCGGGGAGAGUCAAUUGGACGUAGAGACUACAGACAGCAGAGUUAGCUUGAAACAGACUAGAGCGGUAGCUUGUAUCAGAAUACAGAAAGAGCAGAGUAUAGACAGCAGAUUGAUACAAGUUUAAACAGACUAAAAAGUCAGUUUGAAGAGACAACAGAUUAGAAACAGCAGCAGAGUACAGCCAACAGAGUAGAAACAGCAGCCAAGUAGAGACAGCAAGGUAGAAAUAGCAGCAAACUAGAGACAACAGUGCAGACACAACCGAAUUGAGACAGCUUCCGAGUGGAGAAAACUGAGUAGAAACAGCAGAAGAGUUACAGAUUGUAGACAACACAGUAGAAACAGCAGAAGAGUAGAGACAACAGAAUAGAGAGAUAAUAGUAAAAAAAAAAAGCUGAGUAGAAACUACUGAGAAGAUACAAUAGUAGAGACAACAUAGAAGAGACAGCAGAGAAGAGAAACCAGCAGAGUAGAAACACCCAAAGAUAAACAACAGAGACAGCAGAGAAGAGACACCAGCAGAGUAGAAACACCCAAAUAUAAACAACAGAGACAACAGA